AGAGACCAGUUGGAUCAAUAUGUCUUUGUCUGUAGACUGCCUCAGUUGUUAGUUUACCGACACACGAUUGCUCCGAAAUGAAACCAUAUCGAGAAACUUGACAGCAGCGGCGUUAUCUCGUGGUAGAGAAUCGCAUCUAAACUCGAUAUCGGGUGGGUGAAAAAUGACAGCAAGUAAGCAGACCUCACUUGUGUAAAAGUGUAUAAAUAAUUGUGCUCGCGCUUCAUGGCAUGCCGCAGUAAACAAAUUUCGUAGUGAAAUGAAUCAGAGAUCAAGGUACAGCAGCUGCAGUGCUUGUGAGGGAUAGCGAGAGGGAGAGAGAGAAGAGCAAGAAGGGAAACAUACAAAGCCAUAGGGCAACUUAAAGGGAAGCUCGCGUCCAGUCGCGGAGAUCGUUAGUCAGGUUUGCUAUCACAGGGACCAUUUUUAUCCAUGAAAAAGAGAUCUUGGUUUGAUGACAAUCAUGGAAACAGAACUCCUAGAUCAAUUUUACCGAAUUCAAGCUGUCGAUCGUGCACGUAAAAUACCCAGUGUAAAUUACUUGUGGGAUAAAUCUACAGAGGUUUAUGAACGUCUAAAAGGCACAAACACAUUUUUAAACUGGGCCUUUGACACUUUUGAAAGUUUGGUCAAUACAAUGAUAGAAAAGUCUUUGCCAGUCGCUAGAUUGAUGGAAAAACCAAUUUAUACCCUGGAUAAAACAUUAUGCCAGGGCAUUGAUUUUGUUGAAGUAAAGCUACCUAUAAUUAAAGAAGAACCUAAACAGAUUUUAGAUCGCACCAAAUCUAUCGUAUCCAAACGUCUCCGUCCCGCGGUCAAAACUUUUACCGAUUUAAAGCAGGAAACCAAGCAAAGAAUGAGAGUUAUGACUUUACUUACGUAUUACAAAGUUCAUUAUUUACGCGUUUAUAGUUGGCAACAAGCGGACAAAGUCAUGUCAACUGAGACAGGUAUCAAUAUUUUAAAGACUGUCGAUAACACGACUGAUUUUGCUGAAAUUCUGCUUGACAAGUACUUACCUCCAUCAGAAGAAGAAAUUCACAUUAAUACAGAGAAAUUAUGUAGCGAACAUGUUAAGCUUCAUCACACAAUGGAAAGACUGUGCGAAUUCAGUAACCGAGCGUGGCGACGUAUUUACUAUGCAAUAAUGGAAAGAUUGCAGCAUAUGUAUAAGAUAGAAAUACUUAUUUUGGUAUUACACGCGCUUGUGGUCAUCCAAGCGAUCAAGUUCUUGGAAUCCAUAGUGAAUUUGACAUUUAAAUUAUUCAGCGAUUGCAUCUUUUCAUAUUAGAAGCACACGCUCUAGUCUGCGAUAAUCACGUAUGCAACAGCACUUAAGAAAUAAGAUUAUUUUUUUAUCAUUUUUACAAAAGUUAUGUCUGACACGGGAUAUUUUACUUGCAAACUGCGAAUUUUACUUAAUAUGAGCGCCGUGAAACACGUGACCAUUCGUGGAAUAAUUUCACGGUUCAGAAUGGAUUAAAAAGGAGCGGUACUUUCUCAGCCAUGAUAUAUGACACCGUUUCUCAUAAUAUUCUGUAUUUGCAUAUUUCCGGCAUUUUAUAUAACUCCGACUGCCGUUUAUUAAAAAAAAAAAUCGAUUUAUUUUUAAGAAGAAGGUGAAUCUCGAGAAAUAUAUACAUAAACAAAUUUUAUAGAGAGGGUUCUUCAUAAUAUACAGAAUGUUCUAAUGCAUUUUUUAUAUUGUAUAUACUAAAGUCUAAACUAAUUGUAUAAUCCCGUAAUAACAAAAUAAAAAUAUAAUCCCGUUUAUUUAAUUCGGACUAUCGCGAUUCUGAUUUAUACGUACUUAAAAAUCAAUGGAUUUUUGUACAUGAAGCAAAUAAACGGAAAAAGCUAUGAAAUGUUUCAUGGAUUUUGUAAUAAAACGGGAUUUAAAAUAUUUAAUCAAAAGAAAAAAAAAACAUGAAACAUACUGUAUAUUUUUAAGCGUUUCCACUGUAUCAAAUUUCAAAUACGCGAUAAAGAUUAAAAAUAAAAAGAAAAAAUUAUAUAUAUAUAUAUAUAUAUUUAACUAUUAUGUUACAUACAUUCAAAUUUUUAAUCUAGUUAAUAAUGGAGAAAUAGCAUAUUCUAGUAAUACUGGUCAAAUUGUUAUUACGUUGUAUUUUUGCGGGAACGAAUCAUCAAAGUGAUUAUCGUUAUUCUUAUUUUGAGAAUGUAGCACGAUAUUUUCUAAGAUUUGUCCACAUGCAUAAAUAGCUACGCUUUUCAUACCCUGUUAUAUAUCGUGUGAUUACACAGGCAUACGUACUCGAAGAGCGUAGUAUUUGCACAUGAUAGCUUAAUAUUUUAAUUUUACUGGUUUGUCGUUCAGAUCUUGUGAGUGUGUAAAAUUUGUGUUUUCUACAAAAAUAGGUUAUUUAGUAAAGUAAUAAUUAAUCUCAAAUAUAAUCGAUUUCCCAAGAGAGAGAAUGGAUAACAAUCAUGAUAUAUAUCUCAUGUAAACAUUAGUAUCCUGACAUAAUGCAAUGUGUGUCUAAUGUUAAUUACGAAUGUCGAAUUAAAAGAAAAAGCUGAAAAUUAAUAUUUUAGCGAUAUAACGACUGUGAUGAAAAAACUGUAAUUUAUGCUCUUUUUAUAUUAUACGUCCUAUAACAUUAACUUGAUUUUUGGGCAAAUCCAAUAAAUUGAGCAUUAAAUAUAAAUAUGUAUAAGAUUUCACAUUUGAUGUAAUUAUAUAAUAAAAUAAAAAUAUAUUUUAAAGAU